AUGGGUGUUGAACAGGAAAAGACUGUCAUCUACGAUCACAGGAUAUCGACUGUGGUGCCUGCGACGGUGACCGGCAAUGCUGUCCUGCAUGAACUCACCAAUAUGGACCUCAUCAUGAAGCUGCACUACCUGAGGGCUGUGUACUACUUCAAUCAAAGUGAGAUCACUGAUGGUAUCACCAUUGCCGACCUAAAAAAUCCCAUGUUCUUGUGGCUCAACAUCUGCUAUCCCAUGGCUGGACGAAUUCGGAGGGCGGAGAGUGGACGUCCACUGAUCAAGUGCAAUGACUGUGGGCUGAGGAUCAUCGAAGCUAGGUGUACAAGGACGCUGGGUGAGUGGCUGGACGUGGAGUCGUCGUCGUCGUCGCGUUGGAGGCUCCUGGUACCAGAUAAGGUGCUUGGUCCAGACUUGCAGUUCUCCCCCAUGGUUUACAUGCAGUUUACUAGAUUUAAAUGUGGAGGGAUGGCCAUUGGAUACAGCUGGGCUCAUGUCCUAGGAGAUCCAAUGUCAGCCACAAACUGUAUCAAUCUGUGGGGAGAGUUAUUCAGUGGCAAUCCACCCCCUAAAACUCUUCAGCUAAACAACCACCAAAAGAAAGCAGAAAGUGCAGCAACACAUGUGAAAGUGUCUCCAAAACCAAUUCCAGUCAACCAGGUUGAACUAAUUGGGGAUGGCUGGCUGGCUCCCAACACCCGUAAAAUGGCAACAAAUUCCUUUAGGAUCACAGAAACCAAGCUUAAGAAAAUGCAACCAGAGCAACUCAAACAAGUCCCAACUUUUGUAAUAAUCUCAGCUAUGAUCUGGAAAUGCUUGGCAAAAAUUCGAAAGAGCAGAGAAUCCAAAAUGGCAACUAUCUGCAGAUACCUCACCUUAGCAAAAUGCAGCAAAAUACUGAACAAUAUGCUCAAAACAAGCACAGUCAGGUUAGAUUCCUCAGCUGCCAAUUUUGGGCUGUUAGAACUAGCAACCUUCAUCUGUAAACAGGAAGCGGAUGAGUCGAAGUCAGUUGAAGAGUUGGUUGACAUAGAAAAUGGGAAGCCAGAUUUUGUGCUUUAUGGGGCAAAUCUCACUUUCGUAGACAUGGAAGGAAUCAACUUAUAUGGGUUAGAGCUCAAGGGUCAGAAGCCUGUACAAGUGGACUACAGCAUUGAUGGAGUUGGUGAUGAAGGAGCAGUUUUGGUGCUACAGGGUCCUCAGAGAACUAAUGAAACCAGCAGCAACCAAGAGAGACUUGUAAUGGUUAUCUUACCAGAAGAUGAGAUCCGACAGCUCUGCGAAUUGCUUAGCAGUGAAUUUGGCAUCGCUCAAGAUCUGAAGAUAAACCAUAAACUCUCUGUAACAAACAUGUAAACCUGGAAGUGAAUGUUUCGAGGAUGUCAAGUUGUCUUAAUUGCCUAAGUAUAUCAGAUUAAUCGUAA